AUGUCAGACAAAGUCGACUCGAGCUCUCUCUCCUCUCUCUCCAACAUCAACCAGUACCCCAACUGGGCUGCGCAGAUGAAGGGCUAUCUCAUCAUGAUUGGUUCCUGGACUGUCACCAACUCGGCACCCACUACUACGGCUACUACUGCAACGGCUGAAGAACUUAAGGAGCAUGACCUUAAGGUUCAACGGGCCCAGGGUAUCAUCAUGAUGAAGGUCGAUCGUUCACUCCAUCGUCCCCUCGAAGAUGAUGCUGGCAAUCCCAAGCAACCGCAUGCGAUGUGGAAGGCUCUCAAGGACACCUUUGGCACUCCUGACGCCGCUGCUAAGCCCAUCCAGCACCAGUUUGACCAACUCGUCACUCGUCUCAAGGAGAUUAAGGAUAGCGGCCUUGCACUCCCUGAGAACCUUCAGGCGAUGCUUGUCCUGUCCAAGAUCCCUGAGUCCUAUCGCAACCUGAUCUCUGGCCUCCUCACCUCGGUCGAGCUCAAAGACCUCAAGGUCGAUACGGUUCGCGAGAAGACUCUCGCCUACGAGAAUAUUCAGAGGACGGGUAUGGCAAACUGCACUUCGGCGACUCGUGUUUCUCAGACCAAGCCCAAGAAGAAAGGCCCUUGUGGUCACUGCGGCGGCAAGACUCACGAUGAAUCUUCUUGUUGGAAGAAGUAUCCUGAGAAGAAGCCGAAGGGUGGGGGGAACAAGAAGGACGAGAAGGGCAAGGGAAAGGACAAUGGACCUCCGCAUAAUCACUCGCACACUACCGUCAAUGAGUCUUCGUCAGCCAAUGUACUAGUAUCUACUACUGCUGAAGCUUCGCAAUCGAUCUCCGCUUCUUUCUACGGCUCGUCUUCGGACGAUUAUCGGUUGACUACUUGGCUGAUGGACUCAGGUGCUUCGGAACACAUCACCCCUUACUUCGACGACUUCGACACCUAUGAGGAGUUUGCCUCUCCAAUGGUCUUCGGCACUGCUGCAGCCG